GUGCAGUGAAUGAAGCGCUCCUCCCGGUCGUCAACAGUCGCUCACUGUGGCCGUGGAGCCGCCGUAUGGCUGCGUGUUUUACGGUCAUCAAACCGUGUUUCUAGUCGCCGUUUUCAGCCGAGACUCGCCCGUCUGCAGUCGCAGGAAGCAGCGGGCGGCCCGACGAUGGCUCACCUGACGCAGAGCCCCGCGGACAAAGAGAGGUUCAUCUGCAUCUACCCGAUCUACCUCAACAGUAAGAAGACGCUGGCUGAAGGACGGCGGAUCCCCACAGAGAAGGCGGUGGAGAACCCGUCCUGCGCUGAGAUCCGAGACGUGCUGACGGCGGCUGGAAUGAACGUCUACGUGGAGAACAAAAUGCACCCGAGAGAGUGGAACAGGGACGUCCAGUUCAGAGGACGAGUCCGAGUCCAGGUGAAGCAGGCGGACGGCAGCCUCUGUCAGGACAAAUUCACCUGCCGGAGAGACGUGAUGUUCUACGUGGCGGAGAUGAUCCCUAAACUCAAGACUCGGACCCAGAAGAGCGGAGGAGGAGACUCCAGCUCUCAGCAGGGAGAGGGAGGAAAGAAGAGCAAGAAGAAGAAGAAGUAAACUCGUCGAAAUCACCUGAUUUUCCUUUUUUAAACUGAUUUUAAGAUGAGGUCAGUCGGGCUCAAUCAAACCCUAAAAUCUACAAUGAAGCCAGUUAUGUGAGUUUUCUUUUUAAGGGUUUGUUUUCGUCGUUGUGACUCAGAAACUCGUUCAGCUGUCGGCAUUCAAAUGAAAACGUAAUUCCCUUUAAUUCUUUAGAUUCGCUCCCAGAUGAUUUUUUUGUGUUAAAUCUGUGUAACCUGCUUGCAGCUCAUCAUGUCGUUUCUGAAAAUGCAGAUAAAAAAGGUCCUUUUUCUGUAUUAUUUCUGCUGUCAGAGUGCACGCUGU